GGCGGGCUCUUUGGAAAAAACAGGAAUGCGUGGAGAGUUUUCCUUGCAAGCUGUCCUCCUCCUGCCUACACGUUGGAAAUCAUCCGUCCUGACAUGGAGCUGUGGCCACUGGUGCUCUUGUUUGUCCAGCUUUGUCUCUGCUCCAGAUAUGAAGGGUCAGGCCAGUAUGCUUACGGGGACGACGAGGACUGGUAUUCUCAUAGAUAUAAAGGAACCCCAUGGUGUGCACCCAUUAAGCUGAAACAUGGUGACGUGAGCUGCCGCACGCCCAGAGGGGAACACUACAGGAACGUGAUGGGGACACGGUGUAAAAUCCGCUGUAAGAAGGGUUAUGAAUCCCAGAAUUCAGAGGUGGUGUGUAUGGCGAGCAAGCACUGGUCCUCCAACUAUGCUUGUCGGGAGAUCCGCUGUCCCAAGCUCGACAUGCCGACCAACGGAGGCUACAAAUGUUCGGAUGGCUCCUACUUCAACUCUCGCUGCGAGUUCUUCUGUUCUCCUGGAUAUUCCCUGAAGGGCCAGAAGACAGCAAUCUGCCAGUACAACAAGGUGUGGAGCGCUGUAGGCCCCACAUGCAUUGAUAUUGAUCCCCCAAAAAUCAGGUGUCCCACUAUCAAGGAUAAGUGGGCAGAACCAGGAAAACUGACGACAAGGGUGACUUGGGACACACCUGAAGGUGUCGACACUGCAGAUGGCAUCCUCACAGAUGUGACCCUGAAAGGAAAACCAUCAAAAUCCGACUUCCCAGAAGGUCUUCAUAAGAUGUCCUACACUGUGUUCGACCGGGCAGGGAACAAAGCGUCCUGCCGGUUUACCAUCAGAGUGCGAGUGCGCCGCUGCAGCCCUCUGUUCCCCCCAGACAACGGAUACAUGAAGUGUGACAGCAACGGAGACAACUACGGUGCCACUUGUCAGUUCACCUGCACCGGCGGCUACGAGCUGCAGGGCAGCGCUGCCAGAGUGUGUCAGUCUGGACUCUCCUGGUCUGGUUUAGACACAACGUGUGCACCCAUGAAUAUUAAUGUGGGAGUGCGUACGGCUGCGGCGCUGCUGGACCAGUUCUACGAGAAGCGACGGCUCCUCGUUAUCUCCGCGCCGACGGCCGCCAAUCACAAUUACCGUUUCCAGAUGACUAACCUACAGCCUGCUCAGUGUGGACUGGACUUGAGACACGUGACAGUUAUUGAGCUUGUUGGGACUUACCCGGCACAAGUUGGUCGAAUUCGGCACAGGGUUCUCCCACCUGGACUGGCAUUGCAGCUCAGGUUACUGCUCCAGAUCCCUCAGAGAUUGUUCCAAAUGGUGCUGGUGGACAAGCAGGGCAUAGACAAGCAGCGCUAUCCGUUCCCCAUCACAGCGGCUGAAUUAUUCACCACCAUCGACACGUUCCCACUCCGUAAGGAUGAGAUGGUGUUGCAGCAGGAGGCAGGCCAGACCUGUUAGUCAUAAAAUAGUCGGGCCCCUUCAUGGAGCAUUGAUCUUGUUUUCUCUACAGACACAGACAGCUCAGAUCAUAAUUUUCUGACCUAUAUAUCACACACUCCUCUCCGAACUCCUCCUGUCCUGUAUCCUCUCUGUGUCUCAUCAAAGAUAUCUGCCAUGUUGCUGAUCUAGGGCUGGUUUGAACAGAUCACACAGUGCAUCCCGGUCACAUUGAUUCCUGUCUGUCUCUGUGUUUUAUUUUAUUUUUUAUACAUUUUCAGAGCAGAAAUAUGUUUUACUAUUUUGUAAAAAGAAACGUCUGGAAAAUUUCUAUUCUUUCUAAUAUUUAUGUCUUACAUCUUACUUGGUGAUGUACUUAGUCUGAAUUUAUAAAACUAAUAAAAAAUGAGUAAUGCGGA